AUGUCUGAGUCAAGAUCCUUACCUUACGCUCAAGAGUUCGUUGACUAUGUCAACGCCUCUCCAACUCCAUACCAUGCAGUUAAAAAUGUGAAAACAUAUCUCUUAGAUGCAGGAUUUGUGGAGCUUAGAGAAAACGCCAAAUGGGACAAGCCUGCCAACUCAGGUAAAUACUUUGUCACUAGAAAUGGUUCGUCGCUUAUUGCUUUCACUGUCGGUGGUAAAUAUGAGACAGGUAAUGGUGUUGGUAUCGUAGGUGCUCAUACGGACUCUCCGUGUCUUAGAAUUAAGCCAAUUUCGAAGAAGACCUCAGAAGGGUUUAUUCAAGUUGGGGUUGAACAAUAUGGAGGAUUAAUUGCACACUCUUGGUUUGAUAGAGAUCUUUCUAUUGCUGGUAGAGUUUAUGUUACUGACAGCGAGGGUAAUUAUGUUCCUAAGUUAAUCAAAAUAGACAAGCCCUUGUUGAGAAUUCCUACCUUAGCCAUCCACCUUGAUAGAUCAGUUAAGGAUAAAUUUGAGUUCAACAAGGAAACGAAAUUGAUCCCCAUUGCAGGGCAAAUCGCAUUGGAUAAGAACGAAUUGAAGAACGAAAAGACCAAGAAGGAUGCUGCUCAUUCUUGUGCAGAUGAUCCAGCACUUCAAAUGUCUCCCGAGCAAUUCGAAUCGGUGCAGUCGGUCAUCACUAGACACAACGAAUCGCUUGUUGAAUUGAUUGCAAAAGAAUGUGGAGUUGAGCCAAAGCAGAUUGAAGAUUUUGAAUUGGUUCUUUUUGACCACCAAAAGUCAACUAUUGGUGGAUUAAAUGAAGAGUUCAUCUUCUCCCCAAGACUUGAUAAUUUAACUUCGUGUUUCUGCGCUACCAAGGGUUUAAUUGAUUCGACCAAGGGGCUUCUGGAUCAAGAAACCAUUCAAUUAAUCUCACUCUUCGAUCAUGAAGAAAUAGGUUCAGUUUCAGCUCAAGGUGCUGAUUCCACCUUUUUACCUGAUACGCUAUACAGACUUGUAGAUUUCGCUUCAUUCCACCAAGUGAUGGCGAACUCUUUCUUGUUGUCUUCGGAUAUGGCCCAUGGUGUCCACCCUAACUAUGGUGAGAAUUAUGAAGCUUCAAAUAGGCCACAUGUCAACAAGGGCCCUGUAAUCAAAAUUAAUGCCAAUCAAAGAUAUGCUACCAAUUCCCCAGGUAUUGUCUUGUUGAAGAAAUGUGCAGAAUUAGCUAAAGUUCCGUUACAGCUCUUUGUUGUCAGAAAUGAUUCUCCCUGUGGAUCUACUAUUGGACCUAUCUUAUCUGCCAAAUUGGGGAUUAGAACAUUGGAUUUAGGUAACCCGCAAUUGUCCAUGCAUUCCAUUAGAGAAACUGGUGGCACCUACGACGUGGUCAGAUUGUGUGACUUAUUCGAAUCAUUCUUCAACAAUUACUACAAUAUUAGCACAAAGAUCCAAUGUGAUGGUGCCAAUUAA